AUGGAAGAUGUAAUGCAGGCUAUGAAGGGAAAAGACAUUACAGCCAUAGAUGGUCUGGUGCAGAAUACCAACUUGCCGUUCAGCCCCUCGAUUAUGAAAUACCCCUUGCCGAGCAAAUUUAGAAUGCCCUCAAUUGAGAGUUUCGAUGGAACUAAAGAUCCCCUCGACCACUUGGAGACUUUUCAAGCGCUUAUGUAUCUGCACGUGAUGCCAGAUGAGAUCAUGUGCAGAGCCUUCCCAACGACCCUCAAAGGAUCAGCACGGGUAUGGUUUAACAAGUUGAAACCAGGGACCAUUGAAACCUUUGAAGAAUUGAGUAAGCGUUUUGUGGGCCAUUUCAUUGCUGGACAGAGGCAUAGAAGGCCGGCUACCUACCUUCUUACUGUGAAGCAGCAGAAGGGAGAGUCACUGCGCGAUUACAUUUGUCAUUUCAACACGGAGAUGUUGCAAGUGGAGGAAGCGGAUGACAAGGUGGCCCUAGCCGCCUUUAUGGGAGGACUCCAAACCUCGAGAUUUCUCUUCUCUUUAUCAGAGAAACCCCCUACUAGCAUGGCUGAGUUGCUGGUUCGGGCUAAAAAACAUAUAAAUGUUGAAGAUGCAAUGAUUGUGAGAAAGGGAAAAGAAGGGAAGGAUAAGAAGGCAGACAAUAAAAGGCCGGCUUUGACAACCAAAGAGGAAAAGGAAAUCAAAUAUAAGAAACCCAUGGUCAACCAGAAUGAAAGGGCGUCUCGUUAUAAGAAUGCGGAGAGGUAUACAAAUUACACUCCUUUAAAUAUGCUGAUAGAUCAAGUUUUCCUGCAGAUUCAGGAUGAACUAUAUCUAAAGUAG